AUGUUUUCUUGUAUGGAAAAUACAGCAUCCAUGUGUUUGCGAUAUUUGAAUCAAUAUGCUAAUAUGAACAGGGAAAAUGAUGAUGAUUUUGGAGGUGAUAAAAAGGCACUAGAGAAGCAUUCUCAUGGUGAGGUUUCAUUUGCCGUGGUCCAGGCAAAUGAAGACCUUGAAGAUCACAGCCAGGGAUUUGAUAGGUUACUUUCGACUUUUGAAGGCGAUAAUAUUCCAGCCUUUGGCUUUGGAUUUGGUGAUGCAGUUAUAGUAGAACUGCUCAAAGAGAGAGGACUUGGUCUCCAGAUAGAAAACUGUCUCUCCAGUGUGCAGCUUCUGCAAUUGCUGCUAAACUCAGGGAAAAAGGUCAAAGUGUUGUCUUGGUUUUGGAAAAUAAACCCCUUAAAUGGGUGUUUAAAAAGGGCAGCGCGAAUAAAUGCUCGCACGCUGAUGUUAGUGGGUAGUGCCGAGUGGCAAAAGGGUAUGGUUGGAGUCAAAAUUCCUUCAUCUGGCGAACAAUAUGCGAUUAAAGUUGAUGAACUAUAA